AUGGGGGAGAAAAGCUUCUUUGCCUUCAAGCGAAGUCGGCGUCAGUCGAAGAAGAAGGCCGGCCCUUCGCUGCCGUAUCCUCUGCCGCCACCUCCCCCGCUGAGGGCUACGUCGCCGCCACAGGCCGGCGAGAACGGUGGCGCGGUGUCGGUAGUGAAGGGAAAGAAGAAGGCCGGAGGUGCCAGGCUGUGGAUGCGGUUCGAUCGGUUUGGGAAUUCGGAGUUGGUGGAAUGUGAUAAGAACGCCAUUCUUAAGCGUGUGGCGAUUCCUGCUAGGGAUUUGAGGAUCCUUGGCCCCGUCUUCUCUCACUCCUCCAGUAUACUUGCCAGGGAGAAGGCAAUGGUUGUCAAUUUGGAGUUCAUAAGGGCUUUAGUCACUGCAGAGGAAGUAUUGAUUUUGGAUCCCCUGAAACAAGAGGUUCUUCAGUUUGUCGAUCAGCUAAGGCUACAACUUCGGCUUAAAGCACCAUUACAGAUUGAAGAAGCAGGCCAUGCUGAUGGACAAGACAAUGGAAGGCGUGUUGCAUCUGAUGCACACCUGCCGACUCCUGAAGCUGCUGAUGGUGAACAGCCUGAGCUUCCAUUUGAGUUUCAGGUUCUUGAGAUUGCAUUAGAGGUGGUGUGUUCAUAUUUGGACUCUAGCGUGGCGGACUUGGAGCGAGAUGCAUAUCCUAUCUUGGAUGAAUUGGCAAGGAAUGUCAGUACCAAGAAUCUCGAACAUGUGCGAAGUUUGAAAAGCAAUCUGACUCGCCUGCUGGCACGUGUGCAAAAGGUGAGGGAUGAAAUUGAACAUCUGCUAGAUGAUAAUGAAGAUAUGGCAGACUUGUAUUUAACUAGGAAGUGGAUCCAAAGCCAGCAGUCAGAAGUAUUAUUAGGAUCCUUCGCUUCAAAUAGCAUCACUCUUGCUGCUACAGCUCAGGUCCCUCUGCUUGGUCGAAGUGCUAGUCAUGCAACUGGAAGCUCUGUUGAAGAUGCUGAUGAUGACAUAGAGGAUUUAGAGAUGUUGCUUGAGGCUUACUUUAUGCAGCUGGAUGGCACACGCAACAAGAUAUUGUCUGUCCGUGAAUACAUUGAUGACACAGAGGACUAUGUGAACAUCCAGCUUGACAACCAGCGAAACGAACUAAUUCAGCUCCAACUGACGUUGACCAUAGCUUCAUUUGCAGUAGCAGUGGAAACCUUGAUUGCAUCAGUGUUUGGGAUGAAUAUCCCUUGCACACUGUAUGAUAUAGAAGGGAUAUUUGGCUAUGUCGUCGGGGGCUCUACUGCAGGGUCCUUCCUGCUUUUCUUUAUGGUUCUAGGAUAUGCAAGAUGGAAGAAGCUGCUUGGUUCUUAA